GUACGUUUGUAAAUUGCAAUAAGCUAAAAUCUGUUGAUAAAAAAAGUUUCCUUUAAUUUAUAUGAUAAUAUGCCUAAACAUGUGAAACACGUAAUAUUUUGGGUUAUGCUUCUAUAUGUAUUACAGAACACAAGUGCAAUUCGUAUCUGAUAAUAGUUGUAUACGUAAAUUGAAAAACGAACGUUUGUAUUACAUAUGUAAAACGGUUUCAUGUAUUGUUUUUUAUUACGUUAAUAAUGAGAAGAUACAGGAACAAGUGAUCCUUGAUAAAUAUCCACUGAAACUUGAUGCAUAUGCAGUAUGAUUAUCAAUAUGCAUUAUGUUGUUUAGGUUAUCGUGUUAUGGAACUUAAGCGUUGCAAAUUAUUGUGUUUGUUUGUUACUGAAUGCAGCUAUAAAUACAAGUACUUGUAAUGAAAUCCAAUUUUCAUUAAUUGUGAAUUGGAACGCAUAUAUUCGAGCUUUGUUUCAUAUUAAACAUGUUCAAUUUGAGUUAGAUUUUCCCAACAUGCACAGAUACUGAUCAGUUGAAUUAAUGUAAUUGUUAAUAAAUAAAAAACUGAUAAAAUAUUUGAAAUGGCACUUGUAAGUGACAUUGGUUUGUGUAAGAAAGUGGUUUCUGAAGACUUCUUAGAGAAACCAUGUGCAAUGACUGAAGGUUCAACAGAGUUCAUGGUCGUGCCAAACGAAGAUAUGGAAGAGAUGGUUGUUGCUGAAGAAAUAGUCGUGGAAGAAACUACAGAUAUAAAUGAGAAUACCACUGAUGAAGAUAUUUACAAAAAGAAAGACGACACUGAAUAUCUCAAGGACGAGGCAGAGUCAGUGUCUAUUGAAUAUGAAGAAGAUUCCAUAACUUUGUCCACAGAUAGUACGACUAAGGAAAAAUGGAUGCCAAUUGUUAAAGAAGAACUAUUGUUAUCAGACGAAAAUGGAACCGAAACAUGUGAUAAAAUAAGUGACGACCAAGAUACAGAUGAAGAAACGAUAGCUACGUUUGUGACAGCCACUGGCCAACAAUUAGCAUUGUACGCAGUUGAAGACUUGGAAGAAAUAUUUGCUGUGGCAGUUUACGAUGAAUCUGGCGACCCACCGACCGAUUUUCAAUUUCUUUUAAAAUCAGACGUUGAAAGAUUAAUAGGUGAAGGAGCCGUGAAAACAGUUAAAAAGCCAACACAAAUAAGGAGGCAGCUAUUGACUACUCAGUCGCCAAUAUUUUUUGCUAAAAAUGAAGUAGCAAAGAACAUGGUGCAUAACGGAAAUAAGUAUAUAUCGAGCGAGAAAAAGAGGAUAGGAGGAAAAGAGAAUAUAUUAGAAGAAAAUUCAAGUGCAAUACAAAAUUGUGAUUUAAAUUUGGCCACGAGACGAGUUCCUAAGAUUAUCUGUGCAGCUGAUGAAACGCCGUCUAAUGUAACAUGUUUAAUGAUGGAUGAUUGUUCUGGAAAUUUUGAUAAUUCUGAGGAGUGUCAGCAAAGUAGUGAAAGCGAUGGCGAAUUUGUUGAACAAUCAACUGUACAGUACAUUUUGUACGAUGGUGACCAAUCUGACUCCGAAUUAACGUUCGAUGAGGUUCACGAGACUCUCCAAAAUUUGAAAUCAAAUUUAGCAAAUAAGCAAGUAAAUGAAAUAGUAGAUAAGGAGGAGCAAGGCGAUUCUGUUAAUGAAACAGAAAGUACCUAUAAAGUGUCUGAAGCUGCUGUGAAGAAAAGAUCAAACUCAUCGGAUAGACGAGAGCUGAUAAGAACUUUGGAAGACUCGCCAGCAGAUGUUACAUCAAAUAGUACAAAUUUAGAUAUAUCGAACGGCUCUAUAGUAUAUACCUCGCCGGAAUCGUCACAAAUACAGUACAAAACUAAGCGAUCCAGGAAACAACAAUUGAUUUCCGUGAAUCGCGACGAUUCAGAGAUUAUUAUACAACCGGCGUCACUUAUAACGGACGAAGACAAUAAAAAUAAAAAAAAGAAGCGAACUAGGAAAUUUGGGUAUCGUUCGAAGAAUAGCGCCACAAAGAAAAUGAAAAAAAUGAAACGGAAAGAAGUCGAGGUAAUCGAAAUCGAUGUUGACGAGGGAGAAAGUAUUUUAGAAUCGAGACGGGAUAUUGUUGAAAUAACUAUAGAUGAUAAUAAGGAAAAAUAUUCUAGCGACAAAGAGAAUGAAAUUAUAAUGGUCGGAGAUUCCGAUGAGGAAUCACAACAGUCAAAUUCCAAAACAGUUAUGUUGCAAUGUCAGCAUUGCACGAGGAACUUCAGGCAACAGAGAGCUCUAGAAACUCAUUUACGAGUUUGUUCAAAGUCAUCGUCGAGUACGAACCGGUUCAAUGAACAGAAAGGCGAAGACGAAAUGGAAGAGGAGGGACAGGAGGAAGAAGUUGUUAAAAAGAUGUUUUCUUGCAAAAUAUGUGAAGAAAAAUUCGACGUAGCGUUAGCAUUAGCGCGCCACGUACGUUUUAUACAUCUAAUGAAGAAAGGUGAAGAUAGUAAGUCGUCAGUGGAACGGCCACCUGUUAAAAAGCAAUCAACUAUGGUCAGGAAAGUUAAAAGAAAAAGAAGUCAGCGAUCAUCUUGUACGUUGGAAAAAAAGAAAUUAUGGUGUUCAGACUGUGGUAGAUGGUUACCCAGCGUUGCCUUAUUAAGAGCACAUUGUUUACAACACGCAAUAAAAAAAUCUGAGAAACAAAUACGUAGAUGUCAAAUAUGUAAAAAACACAUAAGUUCUAGAAUAAGAUUUGUACAGCACUUACAGAAACACGCAGCGUCACAAACUAAUGCAAUACCUAUAUCAAAUAUCCAAAAGAAACUUCGUACGACUAGGUCAAUGACUAGCAGAAUAGCGACACUUAGAAAGCGUGGUCGUUCAUCUCAGAAUUUCGAUCUCUACAAAUAUUGACGAAAAAGUUUUUCGAUAUUGGUGAUACAAAUAUUGUUACUAUUUUUUUUCUAACGUGAAAGAUAUAUAUAACAUAGUGUUCAUACUUCCAGUAACAAUCGGAGAUCCAUAUUUAUAUGUUUGUUGAAGAAAAAGUAUCUUUCACAUUAAACCAUGUUACAUAAGAAUAGUUAAAUGUACAUAUAUAUCAUUUAAACUUACUAUGUAUAUUAUACAUCAUUUAGUUUUACACUGUCGUUAUACAUAUAUAUGCAUAAUUUAAGUAUUGGCUAACAGUAAGAGAUUGACUUUUCCUAAUUAUCUUUUUUUAUCAACCAUACUGUAUUCUAUAGAAAUUACAUCAAGAUAGGAUUCGGCGAGAUUUGGAUAAACUUUUGGAAGCUUAUAUUGUAAAAAGUAAAAUAAAUUAGAUAAGUCGAUCUUUGUUCAUAAGUUUAGAUGUACAUUGAUACUUUCUCAAGCACUAUUGUAAAUAAAAUGGAUUGUAUUAAAAA